AUGUCUGAGUCAGAUGAUGUCCUGCUGAGAAUCAUUGAGGGUCAUAAAACCACCCUGAAAAAUAAGUAUGAGUUCUUAUAUGAAGGUGCCACACUGAAAGAAAACCAAACCCUCCUCAACAGCAUUUACACAGAGCUGUACAUCAUAGAGGGAGAGAAUGAAGGAGUGAAUGAGAAACAUGAGGUUUUACAGAUUGAAACAGCAUCCAGGACACGGGAUUCUCAAGAUAAACCAAUCAGCUGCAAUGACAUCUUCAAACCCUUGUCAACCAACCAAACUAAAGAGGACACAGAAAUCUUGUCUUGUCAGGAACCUGGAGGGGACAGACAAAAGCCACAAAUCAGAACUGUACUCACCAAGGGCAUCGCUGGAAUUGGAAAAACAGUUUCUGUGCACAAGUUCAUUCUGGACUGGGCAGAAGGAAAGACCAAUCAGGACAUUGAUUUCAUGUUGGUUCUUCCUUUCCGAGAGCUGAACUUGGUUAAAAAUAAUCAGUCCAGUCUUCAAGGACUCCUGCUAGAGUUUCACCCAGAGCUGAAAGACUUGGAUCCAAAGAAAUAUAAUGAUUGUAAAAUGCUGUUCAUCUUUGAUGGUUUUGAUGAGAGUCGACUUCAGCUAGAUUUUUCCGCGACGCGGUGUGAUGUGACCACAACAUCAUCAGUGAACAAACUGAUAUCAAACCUCAUUCAAGGAAAUCUUUUUCCAUCUGCACUCAUCUGGAUAACCUCCAGACCAGCAGCAGCCAAUCAGAUCUCCUCUCAGUUCAUCAGUCGUGUGACAGAAGUCCAAGGAUUCAGUGAUUCACAGAAAGAGGAAUACUUCAGAAAAAGAGUCAGUGAUGAGAGUCAAGCCAACAGAAUCAUCUCACACAUCAAGACAUCAGUGAGUCUCCACAUCAUGUGUCACAUCCCAGUGUUCUGCUGGAUUUCAGCCACUGUGCUUCAGCAAAUGCUGUCUCAAGACAAUGUUGAACAGAUCCCUAAAACUCUGACUGAAAUGUACACACACUUCCUGCUCAUUCAGACUACAAUGAAGAAUCAGAAAUAUCAGAAAGUUCAGACAGGCUCAAAGAAUCCUCUGGAAUCAAGCAAGGAGAUCUUUCUGAAACUUGCUAAACUGGCUUUUAAUCAGUUGCUGAGGGGCAAUAUCAUGUUUUAUAUUGAGGAUCUGAGAGAAUGUGGCAUUGAUGUGAGUGAGGCCACAGUGUACUCUGGGAUUUGUACUGAGAUCUUUAAGGAGGAAUCUAUGCUUCAUCAGAAGAAGGUCUACAGCUUUGUGCAUCUGAGUGUUCAAGAGUUCUUUGCUGCUCUCUAUGUGUUUUACUGCUAUGUAAACAAGAACAUGGAGGAACUGCAGUAUUUUAUGCCAACAGAGAUCAAUGCAUCAGACAGCACAUUCAUGAAGGCACUGAACUCUUUUCUCUCCAGACAAUGGGUAAAAAAUGUUCCAUUGGUUGAGUUGCUGAAGGGAGCUGUGGAUAAAUCUUUGGAGAGUAAGGAUGGACGUCUCGAUCUGUUUGUCCGCUUCCUUCAUGGCAUCUCACUGGAGUCCAACCAGAAACUCCUACAAGGCCUGCUGACACACACACAGAACAACCAGGAGAGCAUCGUGGAUAUAAGCCGUUACAUCAAAGAGUUAAAUAAAGAUGGUGUCCCACCUGAGAGAUGGAUCAAUCUACUGCACUGCUUGACUGAAAUGAAUGAUCGCUCUCUCCACGAAGAAAUUCAAGCUUUUGUCAAGUCUGAGAAUUACAGAACCAAACUCUCACUUGCACACUGCACAGCACUGGCCUACAUGUUUCUGAUGUCAGAGGAGGUGCUGGAUGAGUUUGACCUGAUGAAAUACAACACAUCAGAUGAGGGUCGUAGGAGACUGCUCCCAGCUGUGAGGUGCUGCAGAAAAGCUCUUGUGAACGAUGGCGAUCUCACACUGGACCCAAACACAGCAAACACACACCUCUCUCUGUCUGAGGGGAACAGAAAGGUGACAUAUGUGAGAGAGAAACAGUCGUAUCCUAAACAUCCAGAGAGAUUUGAUGACUGGGAUCAGGUCAUGUGUAGAGAGAGUCUGACUGGACGCUGUUACUGGGAGACUGGGUGGAGUGGAGAUUAUGCUGUUAUAUCAGUGACAUAUAAAGGAAUCAGGAGGAAAGGAGAGAGUGUUGACUGUAGGUUUGGAUUCAAUGAAAAGUCCUGGAGUCUGGGGUGCUACAGUAACAGUUACUCUGCCCGUCACAAUAAACAGUUCACUGACAUACCUGCCCCCCCCUCACACACACACAGAGUAGGAGUGUAUCUGGACUGGUCAUCUGGAACUGUGUCCUUCUACAGCGUCUCCUCUGACACACACAUACUCACACACAUACACACAUUCCGCUCCACAUUCACUCAACCCCUCUAUGCAGGGUUUAGAGUUUAUGACUCAGUGUCUCUGUGUCAGAUAAAAUAA